AUGAUAACACUAUCAGAUCAAUCUGAUAUACAAUUACCAAAACUACCUCAACAUAAUCCUCAAAAUAAUAUAAAUGAUUCAGGAAUUUUACAACCAGAUCAAUUUGGUAGAAAAACUUUACAAAAUAUUCUACAUAUAAUAACUCAAGAAUUGAAAAAAAAAGGAACUAAAACUCCUCAUAUUUUAUUACCGUUCAGAUCUAAAAUUAAAGAUUCAAAUUUAAAUGAAUUUUUAUCACUUAUUGCACCUAAUGGAGAAAUCAUCAAGGAUUUAAAAUUAAUUAAAACAAUUUGUUCAGAAACUGAUGAAUUUACAUUAAUAUGUUGUUUAAAAUAUUUUUGGUCAAGACUUCCCAACAAUGAAAUAAUAGGUUAUAACAUUUAUUUAGAAUUUAAAAGAAAAGAAAAAAUUGAAAAUUAUCCCAAAAAUGCAUUUUUAACAAUAAUGCCUAAAUGUUUAUCAUCACCAGCUCAUGCAUCAAUUGUAUAUGAUUUUUUAGAUUUAAUAUUAAAUGUUAUAUCAAAUUCUCAAUAUAAUUAUUUAAGUGGUAGAAAAAUAAGUAAAAUGGCAAGUCUUUGGGCUUUUAGAAAUCAAACUUCCAAUUCAAAAAGGGAUAUUGAUUUUAUUGAAGGUAUUGAAAAUUGGAAUAAAAUUUCAAAUGCAUUAUUUCAUUUAGUUUUAUCAUUUUUAAGAUCAAUGUUACCUGAAUCAGAUUCAGAAACUUUAAAAUUACCAAAAACUUUACAAUCAUUAUUAAUAACUACUCAAUAUCCUCCAGAAUCUGAAAAAGAAAAUAUAAGAUCACUGAUUACUAUACCUUGUGUAUAUGUAAAUUCUUCACGUCCUUCAAAUAAUGUUUUUGAUUUAAUAAGUAAAGUACGACAUAGUUUAUCAUUUGAUCAAAAAGAUAAAUUUUCAAAAGAAAAUUAUACAAUUUUAAAAAAUGUAUUUGCUAAAAAAAGUACAAGUGAAAUAGUUGAAACUUUUACUGAAGAAUCAAAAAGAGUUGUUGAUAGGUUAACAAUGGAACCUGAAGAUAAUAAAUUUAAUUUGAAACCUGGAUGGGCAACUAUUGAUAAUUAUGAUGAUGUUCCUUUAGUUUCUGAUAUCGUUGUUAAAGACAUUUCAAUACAAGAUUAUUUUAUAUGGACUUGGUUGUCAUCAUUGGCCAGUGAUCAACCAUCACGUAUUAAAAGAGCAUUUGGAAGAUCAGUUGUAGUAGAAGCUGAUGUAUUAGGUUUUCAAAAAUGGAUUGUCAUCACUGAAAAAUUAAUGGAUCCAAAAUCAUUGAAAAAGGCUUUAAAUAUAUCCAAAAAGAGUGCUCCAUUACCUCCAUUACCUGUUGAUAAAAGACAUUUACUGGAAUCUCUACCACCAAUUCCAAUAACUAAUGAUGAUCCUGAAGUUUUACCAGCUGACUUGGUUCAAGUAUAUGAAAAUUUCGAAAGACUGUUUGGUGAUGAAUCAAGUUAUAUUUAUCCAACUUCUAUAAACUCAAAUGAGUUGAAAGAAGACCCAACUACCGAAAUGACAUCAAGAUUUACCAAAGUAACGGUUGGUGAUAUGUAUCCACCAAAUAAUAAAUUACCUAUCAGGAAAGCGCCUCCAGAAAUUCAAACAACUCAACAACAAGAACAAAUCACACCUCAACAAGAUCAACCAUAUUCUGAAGUAUUUGAUCCAAAUUUUGAUUCACCACUUCCAAACAACAACACUAAUAGGCAAGAAAAACUAUCAGAGGAAGAUGCAUAUCUAGAGAAAAAACGUAAAAAGAAAGAACUUAAACUAAAAAAGCAAGCUGAAGCAGUUCAAAUGGCAGCAGCUCAAGCAGCAGGAUUUUCUUUUAUUCCUACAUCAACAACAAAUUUACCACCAUUAAAUUUUGAUAUGAAUCUCCCACAAACUCAACAAGUUGUUAAAUCAAUGUUAAUAUCAGAAGAAAAACCACAAACUUCAAAUUCUAGUUCUCAAACUUCUUCAAGAAAAACAUCACCUCAAAAAUAUAGGAGAACACCAAUUGAUGAAUCUAAACCAUUACCAAAUCCAAUUGAAUCAAAACCAGAACUUGAAUUGAAACCCCCAUUAAAAGCUCCAACAAUGACUAAUUCACCUUCAAUAGGAUUUAUAAGUUCACCAAAUCCACAAAGUUACAUACAACCAUCACCACAAUUAACAUCACAAUAUCCACCAACUAAUUAUAAUGCAUUCGUAUCAAAUGAAUUUGUUCCAUCUAAUUCAACAAGUCCAGUGAAAAAUCAUGUUUUACCAUUUGCUCCUGAAUCUUCUUCAACUGUACCGUUAUCUUCUGGAUCAGACCCAAAGUCUAGUACUUCUUCAUUAUCAUUAGCUGGAAAUUCUUCAGUACAAAACCAAUAUCUCCAAUCAACUCAACCAAUGCAAAAUCAUCAACAAUCUGCAACAAAUUCAACAGUGCAAACACAAAGAAAAUCACCGAAUCGAACAUUAGAUAGUCAAAUUACAAUAAAUUCACAACCACCAAGACUUUCCCCCGACCAAACCUUAACUACUCAACAAACUACAUCACCACAAAGACUUUCACCAAAUCAAUCAUUUGAUAAUAAACAAAUAUCCCAUUCACAUUCAAAUGGUACUUCACCGAAUCAAUCAUUCGAGGUUCAACAAGGUCAUAGAUCACCACCAAAUCCAAAUACAUUAAGUCCUCAGCAUUGUCCUCAGCAUAAUUCACAGGUUCACUUAGUACCACCACCACAGCAGCAACCACAACUUCCACCACCACAGCAACAACAACAACAACAACAAGAAGUAAUGAGACCUCAAAUGAAUACUGCAGUAUCUCAACAAAAUAUACAGCCAUCUACAUCUCAACAAAACAUGCAGUCACCUAUGCCUCAACAAAACUUUCAUUCACCCAUACCUAAUAUGCAACCACAACAAAUGCAUCCUCAAAUGUAUCCACCACAAAUGUAUCAACAACCAUUACAACAACCAAUGCAACAACCAAUGCAACAACCAAUGUAUAAUCAACAACUACUCCAUCCUCAUAUACAAUAUUCUCAAAUGCUUCAACAACCUCCACCUCCACAAAUGUAUCAACAACCAUCUCAAAUGUAUCAGCAACCUCCACCUCAUUCUCAGAUUUACCAACCUCAAAUGUAUCCACAACAACCGUAUCAACAACCACCCCCGAUGAUGCCACAUCAACAUCAACCACCACAUCAACAACCCCCAAAUCAAUAUCAACCGCAAGCAAAACCUAAAACUAACAAUUUAUCAGACACUGCAAUGAUGGGAAUGGUACCAGUUGGAGCAAAACACAACAAGAAUAAAGCAACUAAUAAAGUUAAUUUACGACAUGCUUUUGUACAAGGAGAUUAUGGAAUAUAA